AUGUCCCAAAAAAAAAAAAAGUACUAUAGCAUGUAUGGUCCCCUUGUAGAGAUUGAAGCUGCAUAUGAACAGUUGAAGAAAUCAAUAAUUCUUAUAGAGAAAGAAGCAAUCAAAGCAAUGGCUUUGGCUUAUAUAAGCCGAAGGAAGUUCUAUGACCUUGGUGAAUUUUUAAAGGAUGUUGGACUUGUUAGGAGGAACACUGGGAACCUUCUCUGGAACCUGCUAUUGCUCUCGUUUGCUGCCAAUUUCAAAAUGAAUAGCCUCCAAAGAGUAUUUUUGGCAAUGAUUGAGGCUGGAUUCUCUCCUGAUAUCACGACAUUUAACAUCAGGGCACUGAUAUUUUCUAGAAUGGGCUUGUUUUGGGAUCUCCAUUUAAGUGUUGAGCUCAUGAAAUCCAAAGGUGUAGUCCCUGAUCUUGUGACGUAUGGUUGUGUUGUGGAUGCCUACAUGGAUAGAAGGCUUGGGAGGAACUUAUCUUUUGUUUUAGACAAAAUGAAUGUAGAUAGUUCUCCUGUGAUUUUGACUGAUCCAUUAGUUUUUGAGGCUUUUGGGAAAGGAGAUUUUCACUCUAGUUCAGAGUCUCUUUUGCCGGCUAGUUUGUGA